AUGAGAAGAGCCGUGCGGACAGAGGACGCAGGAAGGGAGGAGGAAGAGGAGGAGGAGGAGGGGUACCAUCACCACCGGCGCGCGCGGCACGGUCUCCAAUCCCCUCGCGCAGGGAUGGAGAGCACAAGAGCGCACAGGACAGCUGGGUUGGAUCCCGAAAGCCGGGGCGGAAAGAGCACCGGGAAGCCAGACAUGAGGGCUGAGCGGCGCGGGGGAAACCUCCACCUGCAGCGGACUAUGAUUUUUCUCAUGGCGCUAACGAUACAACCACAGACUGUGUGCGCGGUGGGGAUGUUUGAACUUCAGAUCCGUCACUUCCAGAACCCAGAUGGACUCCUUCAGUCUGGAGACUGCUGUGACGCGCAGACCAGCGGGGGACAGCGCUGCUCUGCCAGGGACCAGUGUGACACUUUCUUCCAAGCAUGUCUCAAGGAAUAUCAGGCCCGCGUGGCCCCGACUGGAGCCUGCACUUUCGGCUCGGGGAGCACGGACAUCCUGGGUGGAAACUCCCAGUUGCUCCACCACCGAGGACACGACAGGGGAAGAGGAGAGGACCGCGCAAAUAUACACAUCGCUAUUCCCUUCAAAUACGCCUGGCCAGUAAGCAGGUGUGAGUGUGAGAAAGUUCUACAUGAGAAAACCAACCGGGAUCGGUUUCAGGGCCAGGCCAUGGGGGCAGGUAGGGCCGCAGAGGGGGCCGAGCUGGGACACACUGUGGCGGCCGCGGUGCGCCGUCACCUGAAAGGCCGGCUUUAUCUGGACAUCUAUGGGAGGGGGGAGGGGUGGGGGAGGCUGAUCCCCUGCCCCAGAACAUGGGAUGUUCAAAGGCUUGGUAACUGCGAGGUCACACAAGUGAGCCCCGUCUCUGUUGGUGCUGGACUUAUUCAACCAUGA